AUGGAAUUCCAGUGCACCACGGGAAUUGAUGCCCUCUAUACCAAUUUCGAUUGCUAUCAGGCCGCCAUCGUCCAGCACGUCAACGAAAUUGAGCAGUGCAUCACGGAUUACGGGAAGAAUGUUAAGGUUGACGUUUGCAAGGCGAUGAACACGCUGAUGGACUGCAAGGCCAACAUCUAUGGCAAGGCCUGCGGCGAUCAGGACCCGCUUGAUCCCACUUGUAACGCCAACGGCAAGCUCAACCAGUGCCCGGCGCCCAAC